AACAUUGUAAAAUUCAUCACCUUAUUUAAGUAUUUUGAAUUUUUGUCUUGUUUUCCGACUUUGAUUACCCAAUGCUAUAAGAUCCACAGACCAAUUAACACCAAAUGGGAACAUUAAUUAUGAGAUUACGACACAAUUAAUAUUUCUGCAUCUGACCUCAUCCCUGUCUUUUUUUUUUUUUUUUCUCCUCUCUCAAAUUUGUAAUUUUGCGAAUGACCCUAUUCCAAACUCGGCACCUCUGCUGUAUUAAAAUAUACGAAGGGAUAAGCAAAUGAAAACAAGACGUCAAUUAGCUAGAAGAGACGACGACGCACUUGUGGUCGUCUCUCUCAUGCAAAAAAAAAAAAAAAAAAAAAAAGACAUUAAUGGAAAAGCUUGGGGAGAUGGAAGGGAGAACCUUAUUCUGUUCUUCUACAACGAUGGGAGGAGGAGAAUGGACGAACAAACGUGAGAAUCCAAAUUUCAGAGGUGGUCUUUUAAAGAUGAACCAUUUAACUCUUUAUUUUUAUUUUAAUAUUUGGGUUUUCACUUAUUAUUCCCUCUGAAAACGCUAUAUAAAGACAAGGAUUGGGAAGAGCAGUUCUCCAAAUCAUCAUCACAGCAUUAAGCAAUCAGUUGUUUGUGCAAAUUCAAAUACUCUUCUUCAUAAAAAAACCCUCUUUCACCAGUCUCUUCUCAGUUCUUCCUUUUUCUGUCCAUAUUGUCCUUAUUAUUUGUAAAUUCAUUGUUGCUUGAGAGCCUGGUUCAAACAAGGGGAGAAGAAGAAGAGAGUUGAAAUCACAAACAAGGUAAGAGUUUUCAAGUCUUGGUUUAUGAUUUCUAUGUUGCUCAUUGUUUGGGUUUUGGUCGGGUGAACUGGGAAGAGAAAAUUUCUCGAUUUUUAAUGGGUUCUCUGAGAGUUCAUUUGCAUCAAUAAAAAGUCUUAUCUACUGACGAGAAGCGCUACUAUGGUUUCCUAGAAGUAGAUUUAAGUAGUUAGAAGAAGAAGAAGAGAGUUGAAGCCUCGGAAGUAAUAGAGAAGAUAAAGAGUUUUCAAAUAUUGUUACGUGUGGUUGGAUAAACUGAAAGUGAGAAUUUCGGAUUUUUAUUGGGUUCUCUUAGUUCAUUCUCUUAAGACGAGAAGCACACUAAGAUUUAAUAGAAGUAGAUUUUAGUGGUUACUAAGAUAAAAAAAAAAAUUCCUACCUUCUCCUUGCAAUAAGAUCGUCCGAAAGCGUCCUAUAAAAAUUGUCUAAGUUUACGGCUUGACUCGUUUAAAGGGGUUGUACUUUGUAGGCUAUAGUAGGUACUCCUACAAGAAAGUAGUUGUUCUAGAGGGAAGAAGAAAUCGAAUCUCCUUAAAUAGAUUGAUUAAAAAAAUUGGGUUAGGGAUAGUUAAAAUAUGUUAAAAGGGUAUGAAUAUGAUGAUCAGGUGUGUCAUAAAAAUGGGUUUAUUCAAUUAUUUUAUUAUUACCAACCUUUACCUACUAAUUAAUAAAAAAACUAAGAGAUUAAGCUUGGAAUCAAUGGAGUCUCCAUAUUUCAUGCACAGGAGUCGUUUAGUGGGGGCCUGGAAAAGAGUGGAAAAAGGCAAUUCAAACAUCAUUAUUAGUCCCACAAUUCAACAUUACUUGUCAAACUUACUUUUGGAUUACAAUUUACACCCUCUUAUUAUUCCUUUCCCCCCCCCAAACUUUUUCACAACAUCAACCAGAAAAGUCCCCCAAAACGAAUACCUGUUUUCUUCUAGGGAUUUGCUCAAUCAUCACUUCUUUGAAUAUAACCCUAUUUAGGAAGAACAACCCUUUUAUAGAGAUGUAACUGUACUUGUUCAACUUGAUUUUUUCUACCUUCCUUGAACCGUUAAAAUUUUGAUUGAACAGUUAAAAUUUUCCUUCAACAGUUUUCGCUCGUUUAAGAUCCGUUAUGUGUUUAUGCAUAAGUAUCAAUCAAAAAUGAGAUAUUAUUCGCACACAAGGAUAUGAUCUGAUGAUACUACCAGCGCGGUUUUUAACCUAAAUGUAUCCUAUUGAAACAUUUGAAUAACCCCUAAUAAUAAAAACAAAAAAUAUAUCACAUUUAUAUAAAUUGAUGCCUAAACCUAGCUGCCUCCUCCCCACUGGAUUCUUCCACUGAACCCAACAAACCAAAAAGCAGGGGAGGAAAAAUGAAAGAAAGAGGGAAGAAGCUGCUCAUUUCCCAUCUCUGCAACUGAAGAAACUUACAAAAAAAAAAACAGAGCAAGCCGGUCCAUCACUAUGGCUCUACCGUGUUGUUAGUGGGGUGGUGGGAUCCUCCCUUCCGGCCAAAAAAGAGAUGGCGAAGAUUUUAAUGGCGCCUGGCCGUUGAGCGUUGACAAAACACUUUUCUUUCUACUCGGCUUCGGCUAGCUCUUCAUCACUUCAUCCCCGUCUUUUUGCUUUUUUGCCCUUUCGCUUCACUUCCUUCUCCGCCGCCUACCUCCUUAAAGUCCCCACGUGCCUUUACCUCUCCACUACUUCCUUCUUCCUAUAUAAACCCUUUCUUCCUUCUCUUCCCACUCAUCAUCAUCAUCUCACUUCUCCUUCCUUCCUUGCUUCCAUUUCCCCUGUCUGUCACACUCUGUUUUUUUCACUCUCUGCAACUCACUCUGUUUUCCUAUUGCUCUGUUUUUUCCUGGAAAAGAUGGUUGAGAGCGGCAAUGGAAACGGGAACGGGAACGGGGAGCUUCCCUACCACCGUAACAACCACCACGCCCUCGACGUCUCCGUGGACGCGCCUUCCAUUAUGGCCUCCAAGUGCUUCGACGACGACGGACGCCCGAAACGAACUGGAACCGUUUGGACUGCGAGUGCUCACAUCAUAACGGCGGUCAUCGGUUCUGGAGUUCUGUCACUGGCUUGGUCCACCGCUCAGCUGGGUUGGAUCGCCGGUCCGACCGUUCUCUUCCUCUUCUCCUUCGUCACUUACUACACCUCCACUCUCCUCGCCGCCUGCUACCGCGCCGGCGACCCGGACACUGGCAAGAGGAACUACACUUACAUGGACGCCGUCAAAUCCACCCUCGGUGGUUACCAAGAGAAGAUCUGCGGGUGGGUUCAAUACGUCAAUCUCUUUGGAGUAGCCAUCGGCUACACAAUCGCUUCGUCCAUUAGCAUGAUGGCGGUGAAGAGGGCGAAUUGUUUCCACAGAAGCGGCGGAACUGAUCCAUGCCACAUGAACGCCAACCCUUACAUGAUUGCCUUCGGAGUGAUCCAAAUCCUCUUCUCCCAGAUCCCCGAUUUCGACCAGCUCUGGUGGCUCUCCUUCGUCGCCGCCGUCAUGUCAUUCACUUACUCCACCAUCGGACUCGGCCUCGGCAUCGGCAAGGUCAUCGAGAACAAGGAAAUCAAGGGAAGCCUCACCGGAAUCGGAAUCGACGUCGUCUCGCCCACCGAUAAGGUCUGGCGUAGCUUCCAAGCCCUCGGCGGCAUCGCCUUCGCUUACUCCUUCUCCAACAUCCUCAUCGAAAUCCAGGACACGAUCAAAGCCCCGCCGUCGGAAGCCAAGACGAUGAAGAAAGCAUCCCUAGUCAGCAUCUUCGUAACCACCAUCUUCUACAUGCUCUGCGGCUGCUUCGGCUACGCGGCCUUCGGCGACCAGUCCCCGGGGAACCUCCUCACCGGGUUCGGCUUCUACAACCCGUACUGGCUCCUCGACAUCGCCAACGUCGCCAUCGUCGUCCACCUCGUCGGAGCUUACCAGGUCUACUGCCAGCCCAUCUACGCCUUCGUCGAGAAGCUCGCCGCCAACAGAUUCCCCGACAGCUACUUCGUCACCAAGGAGUUCAGAAUCCCGCUCCCCGGCGGGACCAGCUACAACCUCAACUUGUUCAGGCUGGUGUGGAGGACGAUCUUCGUCAUCAUCACCACCCUCAUCUCCAUGCUGCUCCCUUUCUUCAACGACAUCGUGGGCCUGCUGGGCUCGCUGGGUUUCUGGCCGUUGACCGUUUACUACCCGGUGGAGAUGUACAUUGCGCAGAUGAAGAUCCCCAAGUGGAGCACCAGAUGGGUCAGCCUUCAGAUCCUGAGCAUGGCGUGUCUCAUCAUCUCGAUCGCCGCCGCGGCCGGGUCGAUCGCCGGGAUGAUCGUCGAUCUCAAGAGCGUGAAGCCGUUCCACAUGAAUUAUUAAACGAUCGACAGUCAAGUAUCAAAAUUUACACCCUCCCUCCCUAGCUCUUGGUCAUGUUCAUAACAAACAAAGGUCCAACCAAAGUCUCUGUCUUUUUUUCCUUUUUCAUGUAAUAUUUAGGUUAUUAAGUGUAUUUUAAUUGGUCUUUCAUAAGAAAGGAAAGAAAGGACAAAAAGAAGGACCCCAAUGUUGUGUAAAGAACAAAGAAAGGAAGGAAGGAAAACCAACAUGUGUCCUCUCUUUGGCUGUAUCUGUGAUUCAGAAAUCUUCCAAAACUGUUAGCCAUGAGUGAUGUUUACUCUACUGACCUCUCUUUCAAUGCAAAUUGGGAUAAUUUAAGAGGUGAUCUCAAUGAAUGUUUGUAUGCAUAUGACAAAGCUGUGUUGACAGUCAAUAAUUUUUAAUGUCUGUUGUGUUAAGAAGAACCAUAGUUUAGAUAGAUUAUCAUUUGUAUAGCAUUAUUUAGAUGAUAAUUUAUGCAUUUUUUUCUAUGCAAAAAAUAGAAACUAAAAUAAAGGGUUAUAGGUAUAAUAUGUCCCUCUAUUAUGACGUUUUAUUAAACAUGCUCAUUUAUUAUUUUUUACAUCAAACAUGCCUUUGUAAUUUGGAAAAACUAUCAAACAUGCCUUUCAGUUGAAAUUUCCAUCGAAAAAAUCGUCAAUCAUGGUUGAACCGAGAUUUAGACGACCUGACAUCGAUAAAUGGGAGGGGAAAUGUCAGUUUUAAACCUUGUUUUAUUUCUCUAGGUCUCAUCAAAGUGAAAUUAUUAGAAUUAUUUGGCUAUACAAAAGAACAAAAAAAAACUUUAAAGUGAAAUUAUUAGAGAUAUUUUAGAUAUUUGGGCAUGUUUGAUGUAAAAAAUAAUAGAGGGGCAUGUUUGAUAAAACAUCAUACUAGAGGGACAUAUUAUAUCUAUAACCCUUAAAAUAAACGGAAGAUUAUCCAAACAUAUUAAGAAGAAAAAUAGUAUAGAAUUGUGUAUAACUAUGAAUUUAUGCGUCAAACUAAACAAAUUUCUUUCCACAUUUUUAGCUUUUCACUAUCUCAAAUUUCUAUCUACUGUGGGAAUGGAGGUUUUUAACGUAUUGAGUGUUGAUAGAAAGUAACUAUUCCCUGUCAAUUAUGUAACCUCAAUUAUUUAUUCAAGUUGCUACAAACAUCUCAUCAAAUGUGUUUUGUUUUGUUUUUUUCUUGUAGCUCAUGUUGGUGGUUUAGAUUAGCUAACAUUCUCGUGCCCAUUAUCAUCUCAAUUCUCCUCCAUCCAAAUCAUUCAUUGUUAUCUUUAGAUAUUACAAACCCAACAAACCGUCGGGAAUCAGUAAAGUUUGUAUAGAUAUAUUACUAAAUUAUUCUGUUAUUUUGUUGGUAAGAAUUCAAAUACGAGACAUUUUAAUUAAAUGCGGAGUGUUGAAGGGGUGGAACUGUGCAUUAUGGGGUUUCUCAACUACCUUGAACUUCAACAUGAUGGCAAUCGACAGAAAGGAAGAAGGCUAGAGAUCGUUAAAAUGAUUCUUGAUACAAUCGGAGUACAAACUAUCAAAUUAUUUGUUCAGAUGGAAGCAUUAAACUAUUGAAGUCGACAAUACUAUUAACUAUUUUAUUUAAAUUAGGAAUACAAUCAAAGAAACUCAGGUUGUUAGACAUGCAUUGAUUGAAGGUCGCAUUGUAUGGGCUUAUACAAAUUAGGAAUUUAAUAAUAAGUUGCUUUUCUGAAUUGAAGUCCUUCAAUUCACCACCUCAAAUCCUCAAUAAUUGGCUGCGAGUCAAAUUAUGUGUAUGCAUUCACACCUACACGCAGAGAUUCUUAGGUGUCGUUUCGAAGUUGCGAUAGUUUUGUUGAGAUUGUCAUUAUGCAUGUAUUGUUUACAAUGCAUCGUUUUUUUGUUUUUUAGCAGAAACAAUACAUGGAUUGUUUCUGUGAUGUGACAGAAACUAUCACUCAUUUUAAGUGAUUGUUAUAUCUCAACUUUUAGUUGUGAUUGUUGAGAUAGUUGAGUUGAGAUUGUUUUGUCUCAGCUUUUAGCUGAUGCGACAUACACAAUCACACAUACCAAACGUUGUAUAUUACAAUGCAUCAAAUUCGACAAUACAUGUAUAAUAUUAUACAUGCAUUCUCAACAAUACAUCUAUUUAACAAUCGCAACUUCCAAACGACCCCUAGUGUGUAAAGAGAUUCUUUUAUUAUUUGCAUCAUCCACGCGGCGGUUCAUUAGAGAGUGUUUUGGCGGAAGAUUAUUUGUUUAACAUUAAUUUUUCUGCGUUUUGUGAUGACGCAACAGAUUGCUGACAAUAUUUUCAACUGUGUACGUAUGGGAGAUUGACUGACAAAUAUUUAAUUUCAGUACAUUAUGAUUGUUGUUAUUUGUUAACAUGAUUAUUGUUGGCAUGCUAAUGUGCAGCGCAGGAUCCACUACAAGAAAACCAGCUUAUAGAGGCAAAUAAUUAGACGCAAUUAUUCUAUUAGGGGUAUUCGGGGUCACUUUUACACCUUGGGAGAAAAUUAAUCGAUUUCUGGAUAGUAGUUUUGGGUUUGCAAUAUAAAAAGAAAUAGUAUUUUCCAUUCUUAUAAGAAUCGAAUCGGAUCAACGGCUGAACCAGUAGAACCUCCAAACUAGUUACGAUGGUAGUCUGGUCCAUUUCUUGGAUGGUUAUUGAUGGACCAAACAAUUUUUCACGGUUAAAAAUAAAACCAGAUGAAGCACCAUGAUUUAUCUGCAAUCCAUGGAAGGGGCCAUAAACAUCAAAACCCAGAAUUGGAGACGAAGUGGUUGUACCUUCUAAGCUCUUUAAUGAAAGACAAGAUGGACAAGGAUGGUAGUAAAGGACAACCAUUAGGGGUUGGUUUUGAUUGAAGAGAAGGGGGUUAUUAUCGAAGAAGGAAAUCGGCAAACAAAUUUUGUAUCCUGCC